AUGAUCGACUCCAUUCAGGAAGAGCUCAUUAACACUGUAUACAAGAACCACUACUCUAAGUCGCCUUCCGAAUUCUUUACCUAUAUCUGCAUCACAAACAACUCUGGUAGUCACGGACGCUUCUGGGACUGCAUGCAACGCCUUUUCAACUUUAAGGCAUCAGGUACCACAGAGAAGACCAUGCAGGCUUUGGAGGAAAUUUUCCUAGGCCUCCUCGAUGCUGACGAAGUUAUUCCAGAUGAAUACCUUAUCUGUGCUCUACUUUAUAGUCUGGUUAACGAAUACCAGCUCCUCCGAUCCAAUGUCUUCGAUCUCGACACCGACAAACUCGAUGUCAACGAGGUCUAUCGCAUGCCUCUUAAAUUCGAAGAUGACCACCAAAUUUCCGCAUGCAAUACUGCCACAGGAAUCAACGCGCUCACUACGAAAGAUUUGAAUGAAGCAAAGGACAAACGUUCACCUCGUGAGAUCACAUGCCCCUUAUGUAAAGACAUCGGUCACGGUAUCGACUGCUGCUGCAAAUCAAUCUGCCGCAGAUGCGGCUCCAGGGAUCACAUUGGCAAGAAAUGUCUCGUCGACAGUGCGACUCUCACAUGUAGCAAGUGUGACAACAAAACAGGCCGAACAACUGAAGAUACGGAGCCCUAUCCACAGGAACUCAUGCUGUACAUAGUUUCACAACUCCCCGCCCUGCUACUCCACAUGAUCUACCUGAGUGCCACUAUAAGCUUAAUAUACUCAAUGCUACCUCACAAGGGCCCGCGCAAACGUUACCCUUACUGCUUCACUUAUCGACUCCGGAGCAGUGGUUCAUAUACGUUCCACACAGAUGGCGUCAAAGAAUUACACACUGGUUGCUUUAUCGUAGAGUUCCCUGUUAAGAGUCAAAUUAUCCUUAAUCCCAGGCCUUGGCCCAGUUCUUAUUAUGCCAACCGCGACUCAAAAUAUUUUAUUCGUACAAUUACUACAACGACACAAUUAUGGCAUAUAUUUCCCGCCGGAACCGAAUGCCUCCGUUCCCACCGAGUGUUGCAUACUCGAUAA